GGUGGAGAGGGGGGGACCAUGGAAGAAAAGCUCCAGGCGCAUCAGGUGGAGAUCGACCCGGAUUUCGAGCCGCAGAGCCGGCCCCGCUCCUGCACCUGGCCGCUCCCGCACCCCGACUUCACGGCGGAGGACGAGGAUGGGGCCGCGGCGGGGCCCCCCCCGACGCUGGCGGCCGGCGGAGCCGAGGGCACCGAGAACGCGGCGGCGGCCCCGGCGGAGCGCAGAGCAGCAGCCGCCGCCGCCGCCCCGCCGCCGCCCGGUGCGGACGUUGGACAGCUCCGCAAGGCCAAGACGUCCCGCAGGAACGCCUGGGGGAACCUCUCGUACGCCGACCUCAUCACCAAAGCCAUCGAGAGCUCCCCGGAGAAGCGCCUCACCCUCUCGCAGAUCUACGACUGGAUGGUGCGAUACGUCCCCUACUUUAAGGAUAAAGGAGACAGCAACAGCUCCGCCGGAUGGAAGAACUCCAUCCGGCACAACCUCUCCCUGCACACCCGCUUCAUCCGCGUGCAGAACGAGGGCACGGGCAAGAGCUCCUGGUGGAUGCUGAACCCCGAGGGCGGCAAGACGGGGAAGACGCCCCGGCGGCGGGCGGUCUCGAUGGACAACAACAGCAAGUUCCUGCGCAUCAAGGGGAAGGCCAGCAAGAAGAAGCAGCUGCAGGUGACGCAGGAGCGCGGGGAGGACAGCCCGUCCUCCCAGCAGGCCAAGUGGUCGGAGAGCCCCGCGUCCCACGCCAGCGACGAGUACGACGCCUGGGCGGACUUCAGGACGCGGGCCAACUCCUCGGCCAGCACGCUGAGCGGGCGCCUUUCGCCCAUCAUGUCCAACCACGAACCCGAUGAGCUGGAGGAGGACGAUGGCACGCCGUCCUCCCCGCUGAUGUACCCCAGCCCCUCCAGCACCAUGUCUCCUUCCCUGAGCGCCCGCUGCUCUGUGGAGCUGCCCCGGCUGACCGACCUGACCGGCACCAUCAGCCUGAACGAGAGCCUCGGGGAGAGCUUGCUGGAGGACCUGCAGGACGGCUACAGCAUGAGCCCUUCACAGCAGCUGCCCCCGGCCGCCCUGCGGCAGCGGAGCUCCAGCUUCACCUUCAACUCCAAGUGCUCCAGCAUGGGGGCUGCCACCAACACGUACUGCGGGACCAUCUACAGCCAGCCGGCCAUGAGCCUCAUGCGCCGCCUGCCCAUGCAGACCAUCCAGGAGAACAAGCAAGCCACCUUCUCGCCGGUCAGCUCCUACAGGAACGCCUCGCUGCAGGACCUGCUCUCCUCCAUCUCCUACACGCACAAGGAGAGCAUGGUCCCAGGGGACCUGCCCCUGCCGCAGGCCGGCCCCAUGGUGCCGGCCCGUGGCCACAGACAGACCCCGCUGCUGUGCGGCGGCGGGGAGCAGGGCUUGUCCUCCUACCCGGCCCACUCGGCCUCGCUCAUGAAGAGCAGCGCUUUGUACCACCCGUCACCAGCCAGCCACCACCCUGCGGUCAACACCAGUGCCUUAGCCAAUCCUGUCAGCCUUAUGAGCCUGCCCAGUGACACGUGCAGCAUGACGGCCAUGCCGCACCACGGGCACCUGCAUUCCUACGCUACUAACCAAGGGGCACACAUGAGCUUGCUGGAUUCGCUGCAGGGCCCCUACCCGGGGGCCGUCCACCCCCCCGUGUUGGGCCAAGACAGGUUCCCAGCAGACCUGGACCUGGACAUGUUCAAUGGGAGCCUGGAGUGUGACGUGGAGUCCAUCAUCCUGAAUGACUUCAUGGACAGCGAUGAGAUGGACUUCAACUUCGACUCGGCGCUUCCGCCGCAGAACGCGCUCAACGUGCCCGCGCUGCCCGGGGGCCCGCAGCCCACGAACCAGAGCUGGGUGCCUGGGUGACGCCCACCCAGGCGCCCGCCACCGAGACGUCGCGAGGGGAACGCCGAGACAAACUUUUUUUUUUUUCCUUUCUCUUCUGCCUUUAUUUGUUCAGAUGGGCUAGAGCCAUCGGGUCAAACUUGCGAUGAAACACAAACCCUAGGGUCAAACGUUGAGAUGGGGCAGGGCCCGGCCCCAGAUGGGCAUGGCGGCACCAGGGGACACGGGGCAGGCAGGAGUGGUAGAGCCAGGCGGUCCCAGGGCGGGCAGGGGAGCAGGGGGGGAAGCCCUCUCCAGGGGGUCCGAACGCCGGUGCCGGCUUGGCUCGGCCCUGUGCUGGAGGUCCUGGGGCUGGGUGGUGGAGCAGGGACAGCUGGUGGUGCAGGGACCUGCUCCGUGCGCGUCAUGUUCCAGAAGGGGACCCUUUUCUCAGAGCCACCUUAGGAAGCAAGUCCUCCGAGUUGAAGUGUCAGGAGAAGGGAGCCUGCCCCAGGCCGGGGAGUUCAUCACUCCCCAAACCCUUCUGGGGACCUGAGUGCAACCCGCGUGCCCAGGCCCCCUCCGCUGCUGCGCUUCUGGCAGGUUUGUCUACCGAGCAACACGAAGGGUUGGUGAUGGAGGGAAGGGUGUGCAAGCUGCAGCAGCACAUGUGCACUGUGCAAGCCAGAGGUCAUGCUGUAGUGCCACAGUUACACUGCAGUGCCGCAGUCAUGCUGCAAUGCCAUGGUCACGCUGUGAUGCCGUGGUUGUGCUGCAGUGCCAUGGCCAUGCUGCAUUGCCAUGGUCACACUGCAGUGCCAUGGUUGCGCUGCAGCUCUGUGGUCAUGCUGCAGUGCUGUGGUGGUGCUGCAGUGCCACGAU